GUUAGCUACAGACCGGGGGAGCUGCCUAGCCUGCCUCUCCAGCGUUCUUGCCUCUCGUUCCAGUGCGCAGCAGUACUUCGCUCCAGUCUUUUGCUUUGUAGCCUACCACCGCUUCGCCGCCUCCUCUUUUUCUCCUCUCCCCGCCUAUGCCUGUCCCGGCAAGCAUCCAGCGAAUGGUCGGUCCACCCCCAGACCCCCUGCAGGGAACAGUGAGAGAGCGGUUCCGUUCUGAGCACACAGCAUACUAUUGAAAGCUGCCAAGGGAAGACGUGGAUAAUAAGUGUCGUUGUUGACGUAACCCAGGAUUUUAUUUCGGAUAGGCUGACAGACUGCUCACACUGCAGGUUAUAUAAGCCAGCUAACACUCUGAAGUGUGAGCGAGGGAGCUCCAGCAACAUUGGAAAGGAGGUAUGCCUGUGCCAGACCAGCCCUCAGAGCAGGAGAAGGGAGCCAGUCUGCUGAGUCCAGGUCUACCAUCAUCUAACGGAGACGGAUCAGACGGGACGGAGACCACCUCCGCUAUCCUGGCCUCCGUCAAAGAACAGGAGCUGCAGUUUGAGAGACUGACCCGUGAGCUGGAGGCAGAAAGACAGAUUGUAGCCACCCAGUUGGAGAGAUGCAAGCUGGGCUCUGAGACUGGUGGAAGUAUGAGCAGUAUCAGUUCGGCAGAUGAGCAGUUUCGCUGGAACACCCAAGCUGAUGGCCAGAAGGACAUAGAGGAUGAGCUGACCACAGGACUGGAGCUGGUCGACUCCUGCAUCAGAUCCCUGCAGGAGUCUGGAAUACUGGACCCUCAUCAAUACAACACAGGAGAACCUCUUCUUUCCCAGUGUUCUUUGCAGCUCAACUCCACCCCAGAGGCUUCGCUCCAGUACUCCGCCAGCUACCAUAGCAACCAGACCCUCGCCCUUAGCGACAGUGCUGCAGCGGCAACUCCACAGCGCAGUGGACAGGUCGGAGGGGCCGUGCACAGCUACAACCAGGUGACAUCUAGUCGUGCGGCCCAGCAGCAGCAGGCAGGGGGAGGGGGAGGUAGUGGAGGAGACUCCUUCUCUCAGAGCCAUGGCAGUGCCUUUCAUCUGCCUGAUGGACAGCUUCCCACAAUCGGUCACUACUACUCCAGUUCCACCCUGCCUGCCCAGCGUGUGAGUUCCCCUCUGACCGGAGGUGGAGGUGGAGGGUCUGGUUCUCCCAGCAAGCUGCAGCGCCUGGGCUCAGCCUCAGACACACCGGGCUACGCUACCACCCAGCGCCUACCUUCCUCCUCCUCAUCCUCACCCAACAAACAGUCCCCAGCCAACCGACUUGCCAAGUCCUACAGCACCACUGGUGCCGUGACAACAACAGGGUCUCCGCUGAGGGUGGGCUCUCCACCCAACUCCAUAGCAACAGUUGCCGGGGGAGGGGCUAGCGCUUCAUCAUCCCCACUACACCUGAUGAGUUCGGGCAUAGGGAGCUACGCUACUCUGUCUCCUAAAAGACUGGCUGCUCACCACGCCUCCGACCAGUACAAGAUAUCCCAUGAGCUCUAUGCUACCGCUACGCUACAGAGGCCUGGCAGUCUGGCAGGUUCCAGGGGUUCCUACAGUAAUCAGCACAGUCACUGUGGUCCAGACCUGCGUCCCCUGGGAUCCCCAGACCACCACAAAGAGCCCAUCUAUGAGGACAGAGUCAACCACUACCACAAAGGACCUAUGAGGGGACUUGGAAACAACACUGCCCCAUCCUCCCCCGGUGUCGACUCCGCCUCUUUACAGCGAGCAGGCAGCCACAGUGCCGGAGGAAGCAGCCACAGCGCCGGAGGAAGCAGCCACAGCGCCGGAGGAAGUUAUGGUCGUGGGGGUGCCAAUAACUAUGCUACAGUGGGCCCAGGCUAUACAGCAGAGGCCUAUGCUACAGACCCCUACACUGCAGAUCCCUACCGUACACUACAGUACUGCCCAUCUGUAGAGUCUCCUUACAGCAAAUCUGGACCAGCCAUGCCACCUGAGGGCACACUGGCUAGAUCACCAUCUAUAGACUCCAUACAGAAAGACCCGAGGGAGUUUGGAUGGAGGGAUCCAGAGUUACCUGAGGUGAUUCAGAUGCUACAGCACCAGUUCCCUUCAGUCCAGUCCAACGCUGCAGCCUACCUCCAACACCUCUGCUUCGGAGACAACAAUAUCAAAUCAGAGAUUCGUCGUCAGGGUGGGAUCCAGCUGCUGGUAGACCUGUUGGACCAGCGUAUGAGUGAGGUCCACCGCAGUGCCUGUGGAGCCUUGAGGAACCUGGUCUAUGGCAAGGCCAACGACGACAACAAGAUCACCCUGAAGAACUUUGGGGGCAUACCUGCCCUGGUACGCCUGCUACGCAAGACUGGAGACGUGGAGAUACGAGAACUGGUCACAGGUGUGUUGUGGAACCUGUCAUCGUGUGACGCCCUGAAGAUGCCAAUCAUCCAGGAUGCGUUGGCCGUUCUGACCAAUAGCGUCAUCAUCCCCCACUCUUCCUCCUGGGACUCCUCCCACAAUCUCCAUGACGACCGCAAGCAACACACACACACCUCCCAGGUGCUCCGCAAUGCCACCGGCUGCCUCAGAAACGUGAGUUCUGCUGGAGAGGAGGCCAGGAGGAGGAUGAGAGAGUGUGACGGACUGACAGACUCCCUCCUCUACAUCAUACAGACCGCUCUGGGCAGCAAUGACAUCGACAGCAAGACCAUAGAGAACUGUGUGUGUAUCCUGCGUAACCUGUCCUACCGACUGGCAGCAGAGACGUCUCAGGGCCAGCAGCUGGGUUCAGAAGAGCUGGACGGUCUGCUGUGUGACGCCAACGGACGUGACGGAGAGACCUCAGGCUGCUGGGGCAAGAAGAAGAAGAAGAAGAAGGGACAGGACCAGUGGGAUGGUGUAGGCCCUCUCCAAGACUCAGCUGACCCUCCUAAAGGGGUCCAGAUGUUAUGGCACCCGUCCAUAGUGAAGCCCUACCUCACCCUGCUGUCAGAGUGCUCCAACCCUGAUACACUGGAGGGGGCGGCUGGAGCACUGCAGAACCUGGCUGCAGGCAGCUGGAAGUGGUCUGUGUAUAUCCGGGCUGCGGUGCGUAAAGAGAAAGGCCUUCCUAUCCUGGUGGAGUUGUUGAGGAUAGACAAUGACCGUGUGGUGUGUGCCGUGGCCACCGCACUCAGGAAUAUGGCCCUGGACAUCAGAAACAAAGAACUGAUAGGUAAAUACGCCAUGCGUGACCUGGUCCACCGGUUACCUGGCAGUAGCAGCAACAGUACCGGGGGCAGUGGUGGGACUAGUGGAGGUACCGGGGGCCCGAUGGCACCCGGUAAGACCAUGUCAGACGAUACAAUAACGGCUAUCUGCUGCGCUCUGCAUGAGGUCAUCACUAAGAACAUGGAAAACGCCAAAGCACUGAGAGACGCUGGCGGGAUAGAGAAACUCAUCGGCAUCGCUCACAGCAAAGGAGACAAACACUCAGCCAAGGUGGUGAAGGCUGCAUCUCAGGUGCUCAGCAGUAUGUGGCAGUACAGAGACCUACGCAGCCUCUACAAGAAGGAUGGAUACUCUCAGUAUCACUUUGUUGGUUCUGCCUCUACGAUAGAGAGAGACAGACAGAGGCCCUACUCCUCCUCUCGCACCCCCUCUGUAUCCCCCGUACGAACCUCACCCAACAACCGCUCAAUAAGCGCCCCGGCCUCUCCCAGAGAGAUGAUGAGUAUGAAGGAUCGCAAGCCCGAAAACGACUCCACGGCAACCAACGCAGGUUUCCACAGCAACAAAGGAGAGCACACAUCCCGGAAAGACGCCAUGGCAGUCCAAAUCUCCUGUGGAACAUCCACGUUGUUCCGGAAAUCUUAUGUAACUGCUAAUGACGACAUUAAACACAACCAGAUCCCUCCUCAGCCCAUGACCAUAGCUCCGCAGGCAGACUGCUCCUCUACACCUAUAAAAGACUACGACACGUUCCCUCCAUCCCUCCCUCCAACCUUCCCUCCGCCGCAGAACCCCGGCCGCAUGCUGGAUGACUCCUUCUUCGAGCCUCCAGACCAGCCCCUCCCCCAGCCCCCGUCUCAGGCUGCCACUGACCUCCGGAUGCACCUGGGCCUCAAAUCCACUGGCAACUACGUGGACUUCUACUCUGCAUCCCGGCCCUACUCCGAACUCAACUACGAGACCAGCCACUACCCGGCUUCGCCUGACUCCUGGGUCUAGAGACAGGAGUCACAACUUAUCUCUGGUCCUGGAGAGACAUAGGCUUGUGCAGGCUUUAGCUCCAGCCUUGCAGUAACAACACCUGAUUCAAGUAAUUGAAGUGUUAUGAACAGUUGUUUUUAGGAUAUUAGGUUUAUUAGUGCUGGGCUGGAACAAAAGCCUCCAUGGUCCUGUAACUCUCCAGGACUGGGAGUGAAAACACUGGUGUAGAGUAAGGUGGGAGUGGGAGUGGGAGGUUAAUAUUAGUUACUAACCGCAGCAGAGAUUGAGGGGGUAGAGGAGGGAGGUGCCAGGGGGUUGUUAGGGACUGAGGCGUGAAGAGAGACUGCAUGUGCAUGAAUACCACAAUACAUUUUCUUUCUACCAGUUCAGUUUGUUCAAAGCUUGUUCCACUGGGAAAGUGAAUGUAUGGAUAUGUCAAAAGGGAGAGAAAGAACGAGAGAGGGAGAGAGACAGAAGAAAGAGAGAGAGAGCCUUGAUAGAAAGAAAGAGAGAGAGAGAGAGUGAAGGCCUUGACGGAAAGAAAGAGAAAGAGAAAGAGAGAGAGAGAGUGAAGGCCUUGACGGAAAGAAAGCGAGAAAACAAGUGAAUGAUGACGGAGGGCUCUUACAUUGACCUUCAGAAAGGAGGAGAAGAGACGAGGUGUGGAGAAAUGGAGGAGAGAAAGAGUGGCGGUGAGGGUUCUUUGGCCAGUCGGGAUGAAAAGCCACAGAACAGAGAAGGGAGAGAGGGAUGAGUGGAAAACACCAAGCUCAAGGCAGGAGUGGAUGUUUACAGGAAAAACUAAGGGAGCAGCUUUCCACCCAUUCAUUACAUUGACUUCUGACUUUCACCUUUCUAUGGAAUGUCCUCUAUUCAAGAAGACUCUUCCAGCCAUUUUAUUUUCACAUAUUUUUUAUUUGUAUUUUUUUAAGUUGUGGAUGUAUAGUAUUUUUGGUGUACAGUACAGUACAGUGACAGUUGAGAGACUUGUGUGGUAUUGUGUAUAUUACACGAGUCACUAGCGACCGACCACUGCAUAUUGUUAGUCUGUAACAGGAGAGGCUGAGAAGAAAACACACACCAUUUGGAACAAUGUCUAUCAAUGAUCACUGUCUCCCUUUCCCACACCACAUCUGUUCGAACUGCCAGUGGUUGACUAGCAGUAUUGUCUGUUCUCUGAUCACGAAAAAUGUCUGUCCAAAGCAGUUCAAGACCGACUACAACACCGAUGACAUCAUUCCACACUCCUUCUUGACAGACUGCUUUUUCACUGCCUAAACAAUUAGAUGUAGAUAUUUGAAAUAUACGUUUCUUGUUUCUCCGUUUCCACACUCUAAAAUUUUAUUUUGAAGAUGGUUUUGUCAUCCACAGUUACAUGAUACAAUCUGUCCCUUGUACAAGAACCAACCUUCUGCUUUCUAAGACGUUCUACUAGUUUGUACGUACCACCACUGUACAUUAGAGAGAGAAGUGACAUUGUGCCAAACUUUGCCCUCUCUGGUUCCAGCCCUAGACUGGAGGAUGUAUGCGACUCUCAGUUGACGUUUACAGACCAUGACCAGUCAUUCUCUCUCUUGUUUGUAACUGCUUUGGUUCCUAACUGUGUUUUGAUGGGAGUAAGCUAUACACUACCUACAGAGGGGUAUCACUAUAGAAAGGGAUACGUACGUCUCCUUCUUAAAUGAACAGACCUGCCUAUGUUAGUUGAGCGUGUAUGAGUGUGUGUGUGUGUGUGUGUGUGUGUGUGUGUGUGUGUGUGUGUGUGUGUGUGUGUGUGUGUGUGUGUGUGUGUGUGUGUGUGUGUGUGUGUGUGUGUGUGUGUGUGUGUGUGUGUGUGUGUGUGUAUGAGUGUGUGUGUAUGAGUGUGUGUGUGUGUGUGUGUGUGUGUGUGUGUGUGUGUGUGUGUGUGUGUGUGUGUGUGUGUGUGUGUGUGUGUGUGUGUGUGUGUGUGUGUGUGUGUGUGUGUGCAUGUGCGCAUUUGGGUGUGUGUCUUGAUCAAUGUCUGAAAGAAGAGGCAUCCCUCCAGAUAAGAGUCAGAUUUUACAAAACACAACCCAAAGCAAAAUUCACUUGACUGACAUGUCCAUAUAGAAUGAAUGACAAAUCUAUAUAUACAGCGCCUUCAGAAAGUGUUCAUACCCCUUGACUUAUUCCACAUUUUGUUGUUACAGCCUGAAUUCAAAAUGGAUUAAACAUUUUUUUUCUCACCCAUCUACAGUCAACACCCCAUAACGACAGUGAAAACAGGUUUUUAGAAAUGUUUGCAAAUGUGUCGAAAAUGAAAUACAGAAAUAUCUCACACCUUUGGCAACGAUUGUGAGUCUUUCUGGGUACGUCUAAGAGCUUUACACACCUGGAUGGUGCAACAUUAUACCCAUUAUUCUUUUUGAAAUUCUUCCAGCCCUGUCAAAUGUGUUUUCAAGUCUGCCACAGAUUAUUUAUUUGUAUUUAUUUUUCCACCCUUUUUCUCCCCAAUUACGAUCUUGUUUCAUCGCUGCAACUCCCCAAUGGGCUCUGAAAAGGUGAAGGUUGAAUCAUGUGUCCUCCGUAACAUGACCCGCCAAACUGCGCUCCUUAACACCCGCCCGCUUAACCCGGAAGCCAGCGGCACCAAUGUGUCAGAGGAAACACCGUUCAAGUCAGCUGGCAGGCGCCUGGCCUGCCACAAGGCAUCGCUUAGAGCGUGAUGAACCAAGUAAAGCCCCCCCCCCGGCCAAACCCUCCCCUAACUCGGCGACACUGGGCCAAUUGUGUGCCAGCCUAUGGGACUCCCGGUCACGGCCGGUUGUGACACAGCCUGGGAUUGAACCCAGGUCUGUAGUGUCUGUAGUGACACCUCAAGCGCCACUCGGGAGGCCCCCUGCCAUAGAUUUUUAAGUUGAUUUUAGUCAAAACUGUAACUUGGCCAUUCAUGAACAUUCAAGUCUUCUUGGUAAGCAAUUGUAUUGUAGAUUUGGCAUGGUGUUUUAGGUUAUUAUCCUGCUGAAAUGUGAAUUAAUCUCCCAGUGUCUGGUGGAAAGCAGACUGAAUCAGGUUUUCCUCUAGGAUUUUGCCUGUGCUUAUCUCCAGUCCGUUUAUUUUUUAUCCUGAAAAACUCCCCAGUCCUUAACGAUUACAAGCAUACCCAUAACAUGAUGCAGCCACCACUAUGCUUGCAAACAUGGAGCAUGGUACUCAGUAAUGUAUUGUAUUGAAUUUGCCCCAAACAUAACACCUUGUAUUCAGGACAAAAAGUGAAUUGCUUUGCCAUAUUACUUUAGUGCCUUGUUGCAAACAGGAUGCAUGUUUUGGAAGGCUGCCUUCUUUUCACUCUGUUAAUUAGGUUAGUAUUGUGGAGUAACUACAAUGUUGUUGAUCCAUCCUCAGUUUUCUCCUAUCACAGCCAUUAAACACUGUACUGUUUUAACUUCACAAUUGGCCUCAUGGGGAUAUCCCUGAGUGGUUUCCUUCCUCUCCGGCAGCCGAUUUAGGAAGGAUUUUCUUUGUAAUGACUGGGUGUAUUGAUACACCAUCCAAAGUGUAAUUAAUAACUUCACCAUGCUCAAAGGGAUAUUCAAUGAGUGUUUUUUUAACCCAUCUACCAAUAGCUGCCCUUCUUUGUGAGGCAUUGGAAAACCUCCCUGGUCUUUGUGGUUGAAUCUGUGUUUGAAAUUCACUGCUCGACUGAGGGACCUUAUAGAUAAUCGUAUGUGUGGGGUACAGAAAUUAGGUAGUAAUUCAAAAAUAAUGUUAAACACUAUUAUUGCAUACAGAGGGAGUCCAUGCAACUUAUUGUGACUUGUUAAGUACUUUUGAACUUAUUUAGGCUUGCUAUAACAAAGAGGUUGAAUACAGUGGAGGCUGCUGAAUGGAGGACGGCUCAUAAUAAUGGCUGGAACGGCACUAUUGGAAUGACAUCAAACACAUAGAAACCAUGUGUUUGAUACCAUUCCACUUAUUCCACAACAGCUAUUACCACAAGCCCGUCCUCCCCAAUUAAGCUGCCACCAACCUCCUGUGGUUGAAUACUUAUUAAGUCAAGACAUUUAAGCUUUUCAUGUUUUAUUAAUUUGUAAAAAAUAAUUGAAAAACAUCAUUCCACAUUAUGGGUUAUUGUGUGUAGGCCAGUGACAAAAAAAAACAAUUUAAUCAAUUUUAAAUUCAGGCGGUAACACAACAAAAUGUGGAAAAAGUUAAGGGGUGUGAAUACUUUUCUGAAGGCACUGCAUAUAUAUAUAUAUAUAUAUAUAUAUAUAUAUAUACAAUGGUAUCAAACACAUGGUUUAUAUGUGUUUGAUGUCAUUCCAUAUAUAUAUAUAUAUAUAUAUAUAUAUAUAUAUAUACUUUUUAUGUGCAGGUGUCGGUGUUACUAAAAGCAACAAUGUUUUAUGGAGAGAAAAAAAACGUGUACAAUAUGACUCUGUUCACGUGACUGUACUGAUGAUGACGAUGAUGAAGUUUGGACCCCCUGUUGAGAAGACAGCUCGGUUACAAUAUCCACAUUGCGUACUAGUUAUUUGGCCAUACAUUCUAAGCAGUACGCUAGAGUGGAUAUUGGAACGUAGCAGAACCAACAGAACCUAGCUGAUGAUAGUGAUGAUGUUGACACUAUGGUGCGCGUUGUGAUGUCGUGUGUCCUGGCUUAUUAGAAGACCUUACUGAGUGUGGAUGCUACCUUUAACACCAGGUAAAUAAAAGACUCUUUGCAAUCUA